ACUCAUGGAAUGUUCCAUGAGCUGGGAAAGGAAUGGCUUGAGAGCUGCUCCACAGAAAGGAAUUUGGGGCUGCUGGUUGGCAGCCAGCUGAAUUUGAGCCAAUGUGUGCCCAGGUAGACAAGAAGGCCCUGGAUCAGUCAUAGUGUGGCCAACAGGACCAGGGCAGUGAUUGGAGGCCCCACCUUGAGUCCCGUGCCCAUUUCUGAUCCCUCACUGCAAGAGAGACAUUGAGGGGCUGGAGCAUGUCCAGGAAAGGGAACAGAGCUGGAGGAAGGGAAGGGGCUGGAGCACCAAGAGCAGCUGAGGGAGAUGGAAGGGCUCAGCCUGGAGAAAAGGAGGCUCAGGGGGACCUUCUGGCUCUGCACAACUCCCUGACAGGGAGGGGGCAGCCAGAAGGGUCAGGCUCUGCUCCCAGGGAAGAGAGACAGGACAAGAGGAAAUGGCUUGAAGCUGUGCCAGGGGAGGUUCAGGUUAGACAUCAGGAAGAAUUUCUUCAAGGAAAAGGUUGUCAGGAAUUGGAAGGGGCUGCCCAGGGAGGUUUGGCAUCUCCAUCCCUGGAGGUGUUCAAGAAACAACUAGAUAUGACACUUAAUGGGAUGGUCAAGUCAUAAGGGGAAGUUGGUCAGAGGUUGGAUUCAGUCUUGGAGGGAUUUUUCAACCUCAGUGAUUCUGUUAAAUGGGUGUGUGGUGGCCCACUGGCAUGAACUGGAAGAUCUAGGGGGACAACUGGGAUGUCUAGUAUUAGAAACUGGGAGAUUUGAUGGUGUCAAAUUGGGGGUGUGAUGACCCACUUAAAGAACUGAGGGGCAACUGGGUGGACAACUAGGGGCAACUGGGAGGCUUGAUGGGGUCAAAUGGGGCUUGAUGGAUUUAAAUGAGGGGUGUGGUGGCCCACCAGGAGAACUGAGAGUAUACUGGGACGUCUGUGAGGCAAUGCCCUUAAGAGCCAGAGCCCACCUGGGUCAUCAUGGGUUCACUAAUGCCCCAAUCUGCUUCUCCAAAUGGAUUUCAUGGACAGUUAUAACCCUUGACUGACCCCUGCUGGAUACGGGAGGCACAGGGAGCUACUGCGACCAUGUUGGGACCAACUGAAGACACACUGGGAGCAAAUGGAAGAUGCUAAAACCAUGUUGGGGGUACUGGGACCACAGCUGGGGCAACUAGGAUCAUACAGGGGACAGCUGGAACCAUGCUGGGAGUAGCUGGAACCACACGGAUAACCGGGAGCAACGGGAACCAGCCGGGAAGUGACUGGGAUGACACUAGGACGAGAGACUGCCCCAGGAGCAGCGAGGGGCGGGGCGCUGGGGGCAGGGCCAUGCAGAUUUAUGCUAAUGAGCGCGCGGCCGCCGCGGCAGCGUCGAGGGGCGGGGUCCGGUGGCGCUGACCGCACGAGAGGAAGUGACGCCCCGAGCGGCGCGGAGCGGCGGGAGGUUUGAACGGCGUGGCGGCGCCAGGUCCCUCCAGCCCCGCCGGCGCCCGCACUCGCCCUGACCCCGCGGCCCGAGCAUGCCCCGCCCGAAGCCCACACCGAGACGGCGCAGGCCCCCCCCGGCGCCCCCAGCGCCAACGCCGCGGGCACGCAGACGCCGCCCGGGUCAGCGGGCAUUGCAGGAGAUCCGCAAGUAUCAGAGCAGUACCCGCCUGCUGCUGCGCCCUGGCCCCUUCGCCCGCCUGGUGCGGGAGAUCUGCCUGCUCUUCACCCGAGGGGUGGAUUACCGCUGGCAGCGCAUGGCCCUGCUGGCACUGCAGGAGGCGACAGAGGCCUUUGUCGUGCGGCUGAUGGAAGAUGGGUACCUGUGCUCGCUGCACGCCCGCCGAGUCACCCUGUACCCCAAGGAUCUGCAGCUGGCCCGGCGCCUGCGGGGACUUGAGGGGGGGGGGGGCAUGUGAAUGGGGACUCCCCCUGAGCCCCUCCACACAGACCCCUGUGCCAGGACCCCCACGCUGGGGCUCUCUCCUGACAAUCUCACACCCCUAAUCUCACUGGGACCUCCCAUGGGACCAUCAUACUGAGACCCCUCCAUAGGGUCCCUCAAGGUAGGGCCCUCUCCUGACAUGCCUAAUCUGAUUUGGGAUCCACCUCCCCUAGACCACUCAGGUGGACCCACUGCAUAGACUCCUCCCAUUGGAUCCCCACCUCAGGAUCCUCAACAACCCCUUCAGAGACCCAUCCCAGGGUGGAGGUCUCUUUCCUUAGUCCAGCACCCCUCAGAUUACUGAGGACCCCUACCCAUGAUCCAUCCCCCUGGGACACCCUCACCAGCAUGCCAGUCCCAGGAAAGCCUACCCAGGACCUCCACCCUAUUGGGAACCUACCCAGUCCUGGUGCACCUCAAUAAUUAAUAAAUGUUUGCAACCUCUA